GUAAACUUAAAAAGGGUUCUGUCCUUGGUGCGCACUGGAUUGUGAAUCGCCCAAAGUGCGCUUGUUAAGACGUUUUAGCAUGACAGUAUGUGUGAUCACACUGAUUCCAUAACAAAACUGAAAAUGGCGUCAUCUGAAAAUUACGACCAAAACAAGAGGGGUUGGAUCAUGGUGGCCACAAUGUUCGUCUGUUAUUUGGUGGUGUAUGGUAACUUGAAAGCGCUGGGUGUCCUUCUCAUUCCCAUGACCAACGACCUGGACAGUGACAUGUGGCUGGUCGGAUGGGUUUUAGUAUUCUUUGGAAUAAUGCAUCAUAGCAUGGGGCCUAUCGUCGGAGCUGCGUGUCGCCUGCUGGGCAGCCGUCCCAUGAUGGUGUUGGGAGGACUUCUUAGCACGCUAGGCAUCAUGCUGACGUCGAUAUCAACCAGCGUUUUGGCAUUGACCAUUGUUAUUAUUGGAUUGGCAGGUAUUGGAUCAGCACUUUGUUUGUUCAUUAGCUUUGCAGUAAUGGCUACAUACUUUAAAGAGAAAUACGCACUCGCCGUUGGAAUAUCAACACUGGGUGUUCCUGUUAGCACGAUGGUUUACGGACCCAUGACCCAGGUACUUCUGGACACCUAUGGCUGGAGAAGAACCAUGCUCUUACUGGGAGGUGUCUCGUUUCAUCUGGUGGCGUGUGCUAUGCUUAUGCGACGCAAUCCAUCUUCCUCUUCACCAGACACUGAGCAGUACCAAGAAGUUCCGGUAAGCGAUGAAGACGAAGGCAAAGAAUGGAGAGAAGGGAGAAUUUGCCUUAAUAAAACUGAUACUGAUGGUAGAAGUUGCUCAGAUCAAGACCAUUGUGCAAGGGCUCGGCAGUAUUGCCGACUUAUCAUGGAAGCAAUGGAUUUUGCAUUGCUGGCAGAUGUUAGGUUUGUUCUGCUGACUGGUGCAAAUUCCGCAGGUAAUUUUACCUAUUAUGCGUGGUUGGUUUACAUGGUGUCACACGGGCAGUUUCAGGGUCUCAGCAGCACACAGGCUUCGUUUCUUCCCACUGCGUUCGGAGUUGGCAACGCCAUCGGAAAGUUGAUAGUGCCUCUCUUUCAGCAGGUUGGUAUAAAACCGUCCAUGACAUUCUGGGGGUGUUUCGGGGCGAGCCUCGUGUGUGUAUCGCUCCUCCUAGACGCCUUCGUCAGACCGUUCAUCGGACAGUUGGCUCUUACUGGACUCGUAGGCGUUGGUUACGGUGUGAUGUUCCAAGCCAUUGACGUCAUGUCACGGUUCAUUACGACGGAUGACCGGUUGGUUAGUGUACUGGGCUGGCAAGGACUGUUGAGCGGCGUUGGUGGUACACUUGGCGGAUUGAUAGCAGGGCAGAUUUACGAGUGGACGGGAAGUUUCAGCGUGGCUCUCUGCUUGUUUGCUGGAAUGAUAUUGCUAUCGAUUCCCCUAUUAGUUAUUGAAGCUUUAUACUCUAAGCGAAAGGCCUCGGUGGGUCAAUAGUGAUGAUGGGCCAAAGAGGAGUGAACGUUAUAAUUCAAAUUGAACGUUAAAACAUGUUAUACAUGUUGGAAAUAUAAUCACCAAGUACACGUUGUAUAUUCCUUCAUUAGAAUCUGGAAGAGAUCAUCUAUUUGUAAGUUUUGGAUCCAAGCUCAUGAACUCUCACAGGUAUAGGAGUAUGCUCCCUCCUCAGAAAUCAAAUUGUACGGGAAGAAAACUAAGGGACAGUACCUCCUCUACUCUAAUUAUUAAUCGUUGUAGAACUGACAGAUACAAAAACUCGACCAUACCAGCACUGUCCAGAAUUGUUUAACUAUAGGAGAACAGUUCCCUCUUUCAAAUAACCUCCACGUUUUAAAUUCUUUUUUACAUGCAUGUAUGUUUUUUUUUGCAAUUUGUAUGUAUUUAAUAUUGAUAAACAGUUUAUACAUGCAUUUUAACAUCGCUCUAGUUUUUAAUAAGUCUGAUCCAGUUUUUAUGCUAUUAUUAUUUCAGAUAUUUAAGUAAUUUUUUUUUUUUUUAUACCUUAUCAACUUUUUUAAAUAUUGUAUAAUCCAGGAUCUCGUACUUUUAAGAUAAAUCUCCUUUUAUUUAUAUGUUUUACAUGUCUUUUAUUUAUAUGUUUUAUAUGUAUCAAUAAUGUUAUACUAUUGUAAGCCGGUCUCUUCAGACACAUUAUAGUGGCUGUCGACUUUGUUUUUUUUUUUAAAAUAAAUACUGCUACCAGAAAACU